CACACCGCAACCGCAAGCAAGCGAAGCGCAGAGCCUGCCUGACCAGAGCUAGCUGAGCUACAGCCAACAGCAGCUGGUCUGACUGACAUGGCGAAGGACAUCGAGGCAUCGGGGCCCGAGGCGGGCGAGUUCUCGGCCAAGGACUACACCGACCCUCCGCCGGCGCCGCUGAUCGACGCGGAGGAGCUCACCCAGUGGUCACUGUACCGCGCGGUCAUCGCCGAGUUCAUCGCCACGCUGCUCUUCCUCUACAUCACCGUGGCCACCGUGAUCGGGUACAAGCACCAGACGGACGCGUCGGCGUCGGGCCCCGACGCGGCGUGCGGCGGCGUCGGCAUCCUCGGCAUCGCUUGGGCCUUCGGCGGCAUGAUCUUCAUCCUCGUCUACUGCACCGCCGGCAUCUCAGGUGGGCACAUCAACCCGGCCGUGACCUUCGGCCUGUUCCUGGCCAGGAAGGUGUCCCUCGUCCGCGCGCUGCUCUACAUCAUCGCGCAGUGCCUGGGCGCCAUCUGCGGCGUGGGCCUCGUCAAGGGCUUCCAGAGCGCCUACUACGUGCGCUACGGCGGCGGCGCCAACGAGCUCAGCGACGGCUACUCCAAGGGCACCGGCCUCGCCGCCGAGAUCAUCGGCACGUUCGUGCUCGUCUACACCGUCUUCUCCGCCACCGACCCCAAGCGCAGUGCCCGUGACUCCCACGUUCCGGUGCUAGCUCCUCUCCCAAUUGGGUUCGCCGUGUUCAUGGUGCACCUGGCCACCAUCCCCAUCACCGGCACCGGCAUCAACCCGGCGAGGAGCCUGGGAGCCGCGGUCAUCUACAACAAGGACAAGGCCUGGGACGACCAAUGGAUCUUCUGGGUGGGCCCACUGAUUGGCGCCGCCAUCGCCGCCGCCUACCACCAGUACGUGCUGAGGGCCAGCGCCACCAAGCUCGGGUCCUACCGGAGCAACGCCUAAGUUCCGCCCGGACGCGCCAGGAGCUGGGCACCGUUCCGAUUCUGUUCCUCCACAUGACGCCCUGUUCUGUUUCCGUGUGGCCAGGACUCCGCUCGCUCGCUGCUGUUUUCUACUUCGGACCAAAGUGUGACAUAUCUUUGCUUUCUGUAUAUGUAUGUAGGAAUGCAUCAUGUAAGGAGAAUUUGGAAUACAAUUGCGUGAGUUUUUAUCCGAUCAC